CUAAUCUUGCGUUUGAAUCAGGAACAGAGCAAAGCUGGGUUGAAGGUUCCUAGGCAGGCUACGUAGGCUACUUUAUCGAGAUGGAGCCAUGGGCUGUUUGUGAACUUAUUUCAAAGCGGAAGGCUGACGUCUAGCCUAUGUUCCAGCUCGGCUUCGUGUUUUCGGUUUAUCAGUCAAAGAUUUUAGACCGAGAUAUAGCGUCACAGCGCCGCGCUUGAGACGAGACAAAUCUGGUAAACUUGGACGGAACAUAUAUCUUAGACCGAAAGAACGGGCGUUCAUUUUCCCGUCAGGUAUCGUGGAUAUUCAGUUUAGAGUCGUUUCAUUGUAGCAGAACUGAAAUUAUUUGACAUAAAGUUGAGAGGAGCGCCAUAUAAAAAUACUGAGGUUGAUUCGCAUCGAAACAGGAAAGGAUGUGGAGAGAUUUUAGGAUUCAACAUCUGGGACUGAAAACUUUCACCGAACUCAAAGGUUGACAUAUGAAUGGAAGACGUAUCUAAUACAUUCAUUUUGGUUGUCUUUUAACACUUUAAAGUAGUUUAAAAGACAUAUUUUGUUUAUAAUAUGGGACCAACGUGGCGCAUGUCUGUGGUGAUACAUAAUUUGGCUUCUUCGUGAAAAGCAAGAAGCUGCGCUUAAAAGGAAAAAAAACGGAGAAUGGGGGGUGCUGCCAUGGUCACAGUGCUGCUGGCUGGGAUGUGCCUGUGGAUCUCCACAGCUCAUGCAGAUCAGUCAUCUGUGGGAUCGCCGUCAGAGGGCCCUGACGGCGUUACCGACCUGCUGUGUACAUGUGAAAACAAGAAGGGGACGUGUAGGAACGGCACCUGUAGGGGUGACUACUGCUUCUACACCAAGGUGCAUGGCAGAGAGGAGAAGGGCUGCUUCCAGAGGGACCACUACAAGGAACAGUGUUACACCAGCUUCCAGGGACUGUACGUCCACUGCUGCACCAAGAACCUCUGUAACGUCAACAGCACCGCUCCCCCAGACCCAGUUGAGCCUACGAGUGAGAAGGACAGCGUGAUUCUGCUGGUAGCAGUCCCUCUGCUGGUGUUGCUGAUCCUGUCCGUGGCUGUGUGUGGUCUGGUGCUGUGGCUACGCUCCAGACGACAGCACCACAGGCUGGGCUACAGAGAGGACCGUGACGUCUCCAUGCUCAAGGUGCCCAGUGGGGCAGACCCUACCUACGGGGAAAUCUUUGACGAGUUCUGUACCUCAGGCAGUGGGACUGGCCUGCCGUACCUGGUGCAGAGGACCAUGGCUCGGCAGAUCUCUCUGGUCGAGUGUGUCGGUAAGGGCCGGUAUGGAGAGGUGUGGAGGGGCACCUGGAUGGGAGAGAGUGUUGCAGUGAAGAUCUUCUCCUCUAGAGAUGAACAGUCCUGGUUCAGAGAGACCGAGAUCUACAACACUGUGCAGCUCAGACACGACAACAUCCUGGGCUUCAUAGCAUCUGACAUGACUUCUAAGAACUCCAGCACCCAGCUGUGGCUGAUCACCCACUUCCACGAGCUGGGUAGUCUCUAUGACUUCCUCCAGUACAGCAGCCUGGACCCCGAGGGCUGCCUAAGGAUGUGCCUGUCUGUAGCCUGCGGCUUGGUCCACUUCCACACAGAGAUCCUCAGCUGCCAGGGCAAGCCUGCUAUCGCCCACCGAGACCUGAAGAGCCGAAACAUCCUGGUCAAGAGGAACGGACAGUGCUGCAUCGCCGACCUGGGCCUGGCUGUGAUGCAUUCUCAGACCAGUGAUUACCUGGACGUGGGGAACAACCCCAGGGUGGGUACCAAACGCUACAUGGCCCCAGAGGUUCUGGAUGAGACCAUCCGCAUGGACAUCUUUGAGUCGUACAAGCAGACAGACAUCUGGGCCCUGGGCCUGGUUCUCUGGGAGAUUUCCAGAAGGACCAUUGUCAACGGGAUAGUGGAGGAGUACCGGCCGCCCUUCUUUGACAUGGUGCCCUCUGACCCCAGCUUUGAGGAGAUGAAGAAGGUGGUGUGUGUAGACCAGCAGAGACCCAGUCUGCACAACAGACUGCACUCGCACCCGAUCCUGGCUUCCAUUGCCAAGGUAAUGAAGGAGUGUUGGUUCCAGAGCCCCCCAGCCCGACUCACAGCUCUCCGUGUCAGAAAGACUCUCUCCAAGCUGGACCAGGACCAUGGCUACCCCACAGAGAAACUCAAAAUGGACCUGUAGGCCUCAACACCAGACUGCAAGCAGGACGUCUAGACCUCAACAUAAGACUACAACCAGCACACCAAAAGUAGGGCUUAUAGUCUUAUAUAGAGACAAUCUAUAUCCUCUCCUACUACUUAAGACUCUGUGUCCCAUAUAUCUAGUGCUUCUUCCUAAAAGGCCGUCGCCAACCUUGAGUAUACUGCCUGGAUCAUUUAAUCAGGAAUGCAAUCGGAAAAAUGUCAUGUAUUUGCUUUGGCCUAUUUAUCUGCUGAGACCUGGAAUGGGAAGCAUAGCAACAGACACAUUUGGACUUGGAUUAUUCUAUGGACAGAACCCUUUUCCAGUAACUGCCUGAUUACUCCCGUUGAAAGAGUUCACUGACUUCCGGUCUUCCAUAGAGCAUGGACAUUGUCCUCUCCUAGGGGCCCACCGGAUUGAGAGAUCUUCAGAGUUUGGUGGAUGUGAUGUCCUUGUGGGGAUGGGUGUCUCACCGUUGGAUCAGUGAGGCCUUGUGGACAUAGCAUGAUCAUUUCAAGCGGCCGUUUAAUGCCUUGCUGGUUCCUUAAUUGUUUUGAUGCACUAUAUAGGAUCUAUACGUAUUGAUUUAUUUUGUAUUUCCUGAAAACCUUUUCAGCUGACCAUAUACAGUACCCUUGUAAUGCUCCCAUUACUGCAAUUUGUUACUCAUGAUGAUAUUGUAAGCACAGAGCUAAUAAAUCAGAUCGAUCUACUCUUAACAAUAGAAUGUUUCUUUCACCGGCAUUGGAUUUACUGUUAAAAGCUGUUUUAAAGUUAAAGUACUUCUAUAUUUUACGAUGUUGAUUAUAUAUAUGUUUGUUUUUAAAUCUGAAAUUAUAUCUGCAAUACUCUCAGCACAGAAUUACCAUCAUUAUCAUCACUACCGUUCAACAAUAUUGAAAAGGGAAAUAAAUAAAAACCAUCACGUUG